UCACUCAAGAUGAAGCGAAAUUCCAUAAAGGAGCAGAGCAAAUACUUGCAACAAUUAUCAAAAAAUGGACAAAGGAGGAUGUCUAACAUACGCUUUAACCAUCACAAUUCUAACAUGCACACUUUCUCUAUUUUCCUUCCACCAUACAACAACAGCACAAGAAGACUUCAAAAUCCGGCAAGUCACCGACCAAAACCACCAAACAACAACCGCACACGGCGGAGACAACCAUCACAACCACAAUCAUAACUACCUUGGUACUCCAGCGGAGCAUCGGUUCAAGUCCUUCAUACAACAAUACGACAAAAAGUACACCACACGGGAAGAGUACAUACAUCGUCUUGGCGUGUUCGUUAAGAAUCUCAUAAAGGCAGCUGAACACCAAGCGUUGGAUCCUACUGCUGUGCAUGGUGUUACGCAGUUUUCCGAUUUGACAUCGGAGGAAUUUGAGAGGAUGUAUAUGGGUGUUAAAGGUGGUGGUGAUCGGAGUCCUCUGUUGGGAGAGGUUGGAUCACACGCGCCGCCGUUGGAAGUGAAGGACUUGCCGGAGAGUUUUGAUUGGAGAGAUAAAGGUGCUGUUACUGAGGUGAAAAUGCAGGGUACUUGUGGGGCAUGCUGGGCGUUUAGUACGACUGGAUCCAUUGAAGGCGCCAACUUCAUUGCCACCGGCAAGCUGCUAAACCUUAGUGAACAACAGCUUGUAGAUUGUGAUCACACGUGUGAUAAGAAGGAUAAAGAGUCUUGUAAUUCCGGAUGCAAAGGAGGCUUAAUGACAAAUGCAUACAAUUACUUAAUCGAGGCAGGAGGAAUAGAAGACGAAGAUUCUUACCCAUACACUGGCAAACGCGGUGAAUGCAAGUUUCAACCGGACAAAGUCGCUGUAAAAGUCUCCAAUUUCACCAAUAUUCCCGUCGACGAGCAACAAAUUGCUGCUUAUUUAGUCAAUCAUGGACCUCUUGCAGUCGGUUUGAACGCCGUGUUUAUGCAAACGUACAUCGGAGGUGUAUCAUGCCCAUUAAUAUGCGGAAAGAGGUGGGUUAACCAUGGAGUUUUGCUUGUCGGUUAUGGCUCGAAGGGGUUUUCAAUACUGAGAUUGAGCAACCAGCCAUACUGGAUCAUAAAGAACUCGUGGGGAAAACGAUGGGGAGAACACGGCUACUAUAAACUUUGUAGAGGACAUGGCAUGUGUGGGAUGAACACAAUGGUUUCAGCUGUUAUGACUCAAACCUCCUAAGAAGAUGAAUUAUAUAACUAGAUCUAUAGUCUCCCUGCUCCUAAACUCUUUCAAGUUAUAAAAUAAUUUGUAGUGAAGUUCUCUUCUUGAAACUUUUAGGUACAUGUCUAAAGGUUUCUUUUGUUUUAGACAUGAAAGUUGGCUUGGCCCAACAUAUACCAAUGGAUUCUAUUAUGUGGUUUUUAUUGGUUAAUUUUGUGAGAGUUUAAUGUGUGAGAUUUCUUGCUUUGUUA